AAUCUCUGCAGAGCGAAAGGAUGGACUGAACUCUGACUGGAGGCCGGGCUGCUCCGGAACCACCCCGACAGCCUCCAGAAAGGGGCGUGGUUAUAAUUUAGGGGCGUGGCCUUGCAGGCAGCAGGAAGAAGUUACCUGUUGAAUCUUCCUAUCCAUUCUCUUCCCAGCCUUUGUAGCUACCCCUAAGAGGGAAGCCGUAAACCACUAGCCUCUUCUGAAAAAGAGGUAAGGGGACGUAGACAAGGGGCAGCGAAGGAGGCUACUGCAUUCCUUAGGAGGGGCCAAACAGCUACUUUCUACCUGCUGAGUCAGGUGAACCGUUCCAUGGGGGCGGGGACCAGCAUAUGAGAAAAGGGCAAGGACGGAGGAGGUGUUUAUUUGUUCCCUUUCAAGACUAAAUUUAGGGCCCUUCGUCUGCAGACCCAUUGGCGCACUGUGCCUUGGGAACCCUCUUGGCCUCUGGAAGAGAAAAGAACGGGGGCCAGUUUUCCGCAGCAAAAGGAACGGCCCCUCUGGGCUUCCUCCCGUCUGUGUAUUUCCUAGCCCCAAAACGACAGAGCCAUAUGGCUUCCGCGGUCUGGGGGAGUGCUCCCUGGUGGGGCCCACCGCCCCCAGCCCCAGCCCGGCCGCUCACGGACAUCGACUUCUGCUCUGGGGCGCAGCUGCAAGAACUAACCCAGCUGAUCCAGGAGCUGGGUGUGCAGGAGAGCUGGAGUGAAGGUCCCAAGCCAGGACCAGAUCUCCUCCAGGCCAAGGACUUUGUUUUCUCUUUGCUUGGUCUCGUUCACCGCCGGGACCCUCGCUUUCCUCCACAGGCAGAGCUCUUGCUGCUUCGUGGCGGGAUUCGCGAGGGCUCCCUGGAUCUGGGGCCUGCGCCUCUAGGUCCCUACGCUCGGGGACCUCACUACGACGCCAGCUUCACCCUCCUGGUGCCCGUGCUUUCGCUAGAUGGCACUGGGCAGGAGCUGCAACCGGACGUGGGAUCCUGUUACGCAUGGCUCUUCCUCCCAGAGCAAGUACGCGGAACCUCGGUCCGGGAGGCAUGGCAGGAUUGCCUAGGACCCCCAGUCCCAGGAGGACGUGAUUCGAUCCACCCAGCCCAAAGCAAACAAACUCCCAAGGAUCCGCAAAUCUCCGUGGACCAGCUGCACGGUGACGUCACUGAGCCUGAGGCACACGAGUCUUUGGAAAAAUCACCUAGUAAUGUUUCAGUGCCAGAAUUGCCUCAACAAGACGUAACCGAUGUUGACUUCCCCUCACCACUGAAAAAAACGAAUGGUGACGUCACCAAAGCAGCCGACGUUAGCCCAGUGCCACAGCCGUCGGAGGCUCGGGAGGCAUGGCCCACAUUGUGCCCCGCCCAGGUGGCUGCCUGGUUCUUUGCUUCGCUGGCUGCGGUCGCUGAGUCCCUGUUUCCGGUCCCGGGUGCCCCGCGCUUGGUCCACGCAGCCCGCCACGCGGGGGUCACCACCAUCCUCCUGGCUACGCCCGGGUCCCCGCGCCGCCUCCUGCUAUUCGACCUGAUCCCCGUGGUGUCCGUGGCCGGCUGGCCCCAGGAGGCUCGGAGCCACUCGUGGGCCGGCCCGCUGGCCUCGGAGUCGUCUUCCUUCUACCUGGUGCCCGGCGGCGGCGGCACAGAGCGGCCGGGCGCCUCCGGAUGGCAGCUCUGCUUCGCCCGCCAAGAGCUGGCGCUCAAGAUGCGCAUACCCGUUCCCCUGCUGCAAGCGCACGCGGCGGCCCAGGCGCUGCUGCGCCCGCUGGUGGCCGGGACUAGGGUCGCGGCGCCCUAUCUCCUGCGGACGUUGCUCUACUGGGCGUGCGAGCGGCUGCCCGCGCUCUAUCUGGCGCGACCCGAGAAUGCGGGCGCCUGCUGCCUCGGGCUGCUGGAUGAGCUGGGCCGGGUGCUCGAGGCUGGGACGCUGCCCCACUAUUUUCUGAGUGGCCAAAAGCUCGGUGCGGGGGACGGCGCCGCUUCGUUGCUCGGGGCGUUGGCCCUGCUUCGCAGGGACCCUGCCCGCGCCCUGCGCGCCGCUGUAGAAGAGGCCAAGGCUGCACGCAAGGGGGGCGGCUUAGCCGGCGUGGGAGGCGGCGCCCAUUAAAGACGCUGUUCCUACUAACCUGGAAUGUGCUUCUGUUGGCCAGCGGGAUGUGGAGGGGACUGCUCUCCCCUCACCUGGGAGACAGGCUGAGCGCCUUGGGCCCGAAGAACCCGUUCUAGAAGGCCUCCUCGCCGGUUCCUCCGCUUCCUCCCACCCUCCUCCCGCCGCAUCCCUGGCACAGGUCGUUCCAUUCUGGCCUCUCCACUUUCCAAAUCUGUGGCCAGCACCCCUCCUGCUCCCGUGCAGCCUCUGGCAUCCAUCUCCCGCCAGUUCUUAUGGUCUUUUCUCUUAGGAGUCAAUAGGGAUGGGGGUAACAUAUUUGCUGAAAAAACGUGUAAAGGAGAAAGGUAUGGAGACCAGGGACUGACCAAUUUGUCUCACACAAAAGCAGAGAUAUUAAGGAGGCCGGAUUUCACCCCAGGCUAGACCUCACCACCACCGCUAUCUCUUCAGUUAUUCCCCCCACCUUCCUCAUCCAGUUCUGUCCUCCAUCCCGGGCAGUAGGGUCCCUUUCUCCAUUCUCGGGGCAUCUGCCAUUCCAUCUAUCUAAGCCCAACCUCUCCCCCAAUCCAGAGUUCCAUUCAGUGGAGUCGCCUCCUUGUCCCUCCUCCUCUGAACCCCGAGACAUGCGAGACAUGCGGCCUUGUCUCGGCUCCACCUGUCUCUAAGACCGUCCCCACUCCCUGCCUCCAAGGAACCCCAGGGUUCCUCCCGCCCAGCUUCACCCCCCCCAC